AUGGGAGUACUAGUGAUCUUCAUUAUGUCUAUCUACGCAUUGAAGCCUUUAACGUUUAUGUUUUUGCCAAUUAUUCUCUAUCUGUUUCACGUAAUUUUACGUGACCUAUGGCGAGUUCGAAAGCUUUCCGGCCAUUGCCCGCCAACCUAUCCCAUCAUUGGCUGCUUGAUUUCUUUCUACAAGAACCGCAACCAUCUUUUGGAUUGGUACACUGAGCUACUCACGGAAUCAGCAACCAACACGAUCGUGGUACACCGAUUUGGUGCACCACGCACCAUAGUCACUGCAAAUCCAGAGAACGUGGAGUACAUGCUCAAGACAAACUUCAACAACUUCCCCAAAGGUAAGCGCUUCACUGAAAUUCUUGGCGAUUUUCUUGGGUGCGGUAUAUUCAAUGUGGAUGGGGAGCUUUGGCGCAGCCAGCGCAAGUUGGCUAGCCACGAGUUCAGCGCCAAGUCCCUGCGAGAGUUUGCCAUGAAUACCCUGGAGGAAGAGGUGGAGAAGCAGUUGUUGCCGCUGCUGGAGUCGUUGGCCGCCGCGAAAGAAGUGGUCGACUUGCAGGAGUUGCUGAGACGACUCGCAUUCAACAUGGUUUGUGAGGUUUCCUUGGGGAUUGAUCGGUUUUGCUUAGAUCCUUCCCAACCCAUUUCGCCACUAGCAAAGGCUUUCGACAUGGCCUCGGAGGUAUGUGCAAGGCGUGGAGCCGCACCUCUUUUUAUUGUUUGGAAGAUCAAAAGAUGGCUCGGACUAGGAUCUGAGCAAAAGCUAAAGGAUGCUGUUGAAGAAGUUCAUGCCUAUGUGAAUGAUAUAAUUCAACACAGGAAGCAAAAGAUGAAUCAAGGUGAUCAGGUUUGCAGUGAAGAUGAUCUCCUAUCACGGUUCAUAUCAGCCGGACAUGAAGACGAGAUUAUAAGAGACAUGAUGAUAAGCUUCAUCAUGGCAGGAAGGGACACAACUUCAGCAGCAAUGACGUGGUUCUUCUGGUUGCUUUCCUGCCAUCCUGAUACAGAGCAAGAGGUGCUGAAGGAGAUAGAAUCCGUCGGAGGGGAUCCAGAAAUGUUGGAUUAUGAAUCGUUGAAGGAGUUGAGAUUGUUGAAGGCAUGCCUCUGCGAAUCCAUGAGGCUAUACCCACCUGUGGCUUGGGACUCCAAGCAUGCCAUGGUCGACGACUUGUUGCCAGAUGGAACUCCAGUCAAUGCCGGAGACAGGCUGACUUACUUUCCUUAUGGGAUGGGGAGAAUGGAAGCACUGUGGGGGAAGGACAGGCUUGAGUUCAAACCGGAUCGGUGGUUUAUCGAACCGGACAAGGAGAGAUCAGGAGCUCUAAAGGUGGUGUGCCCCUACAAGUUCCCAAUUUUUCAGGCCGGUCCAAGGGUGUGUCUCGGGAAGGAGAUGGCCUUCACUCAAAUGAAGUACGUUGUGGCUUCCAUUCUUAGGCGGUUCGAGUUUAGACCGGUAGGUUCAGAAAGUCCGCUCUUUGUGCCACUCCUGACGGCUCACAUGGCUGGCGGGUUCAAGGUUUUGGUUCACAGGAGGAGAUAG